AUGCGCAAAGAGAUCAACCGGAUGGAGCACAAGCACGGCGAGCUGAAGCGGCGACAGGAGAAGCUCAUACAAGAGAUGGAGAAGGCCAUCUACAAGCGGCAGCUGAUUCAGACCAAGGCGCUGUCGGCGGCGGCGAGAAACGAGGGGGGAUCGUCCUCCUCCUCCGCUUCUCUGAAGGGCCGAGCCGCGAAGAAGGACGAGAUGACCAAGGCGGGGCUCAAGAAGGCGUGCGCGGCGCUGAAGAAGAGCAUCAGAGAGACGGAAUCCGGCGGCGCCGAGGCGGACGCGCGCAUCGAACGCCUCGAGGAUGACGGCGUCUGCGCGGCGACGGAGGCGGAUCGCUUCUCCGCGGAGAUCGAACGAUUACGCGUCGAGGAAUCAACGCUCCGCGCCGAGCGCGACGCCAAGGCGCGCGAGCGCGAGGUGCUCCAGCUCGAGGCGGCGAAGAGCGCGCGGAUGCGGAAGCGAUUCGAGGACGUCGUCGAGGGGCGGCACCGCGUGUUGGCUUCCGACGAGGACGUCGUCGCGGAUCUCGAAAAGGCGCGGCGGCGGCGGGAGAAGUUGCUGAGCGCUGUCGAGGACGCGUGCGAGGCGGCGCCGCACUUGUGGCCGUCGCUGGAGCGCGCGCUGACGCUGCUGUCCAUCUGAUUGAGUGUUCGUCGCGUGUGUAGACUACCUACUUCUCUUGUCACUACAUGUGGAAACU